CUUCAAAUUAAAAUUCUCAAACUUUGUUAAGAAAAAAAAAUGUCAAAUCGUCAAAGAGGAACCACUAACCAAGGUGGUGGAUUGGGUGCUCCAGGAACCACAGGAGCAGCCGGAGCCCGUGACCCAUUAGGUGCACCGGGCUCCACUGGAGCAUCCAGAACCAUGCCUGGUGCAACUGGGUACGACCCAACAGAGUAUGGAACCGAAGGUACUGGUGGACAAGCUCAAUUACACCGCCCAGAGACUGGUGUUGAUACGGAUGUUGACCCAACAACUUACACUUAUGGGACAGCUGCCAGCAUGGGCAGCACAGGUACUGGGUACCAUUCUGGUGUCCAUGUACCUCUCACUACUGGCGGCGUGACGGGUACAUAUGGGACAUCUGCCACCAUGGGUAGCACAGGUGUCCAUGUACCCCUCACUACUGGUGUUGGUCAUGACAUGGGCCAGGGUGAUAGGGCCCAUGGAUAUGGAGGAGAAAGAGGAGGACAUGACAUUGGGGCUGGUGUUGGUUAUGACACGGGAGACUUGUUGAGCGGAGAUGUUGGUGGUGGAAAAUAUGAUAGGGGGAGACAUGGUGGAUAUGACACUGGAGGAGCAAGGCAAAGAAAUAUCGAUGAAGAGCAUCGCCGAGGAUAAUUAAUUGUUGAGCAUCAGUUUAUGAUAUCAUAGUUGAUUUUCUUGCUUUUCUUUCUUUCUUUCUUUGUUACUUCUAUAUGAUAAGAAUAAGAGAGUGAUGUGCAAAAGUCUCUUUGUUUUUGAUGUACAAGACUAUAUGCAUGAUGGUUAAGUGAUUUACUA